AUGGCCGAUUCAUCUAAUUCUGGCACCGCUGCUGGUGCCAGUAAGCCCAAGGUGGCUCCGCGGCCGCCAAACCCAGUGUUCAAGAUGAUGGGCAUGUCGAACAUCCGCUUGAGGCUGCCGUCUCGGAACUGGAUGAUCUUCCUCACAAUCACAGGCUCCUUCGCUGGUGCUGUGAUCUACGAUCGUCGCGAAAAGCGCCGUUCACAACAGAAAUGGUAUGCGCCGCAAAUUGACCGUCUACUUGGCGGCACCCCCGGAGAUGGACUGCGAGUGGCGAGAGAUCAUUUCAAGGAAUAUGUCAAACCAAUCCUGACUGCCGCCGCACUGGAUUACACGGUCGUCGAAGGCCGCCGCGAGGGAGAGGUUCGUGCGACUACGGCAGAGAGCAUCCGCAAGCUGAGGCGUAAGGCCGGGGAACCAAGCUCUGUUGUCGAGGAGCCUACGGUCGAGUCGGCAGUAUCGGAUAUGCGAGAGCGCAUGGGGAUCACGGACGAAAGCGGUCCCAAGGGCGAUCUCGUGAUCGGACGGCAUACCUGGAAGGAAUACGUGCGCGGCCUGCAUGAAGGUUGGUUGGGACCAUUGGACCCUCCGCGUGCCCCCGUUGUGGAGAAGCCGAUUGUCGAGUCACUCGAGGACACUUUGAAAGACACCGCAGGCGGUGAUAAGCCCUCUGACGACGGCUCGACAAGUACGGAGCAGAACUCCGAAGAGGGCGAGAAGAAGGAAGAGAAGCGCUCGAAAUUCGCCGGUCCUGCUCCCGCCUACAUCUCUCCUGCCGACUACCCCGAAGCUCACCUCCCGCCCUCAUUCCCUCAAUCCUUUGACAGCUCCGUGCCCAUCGAGUUCCCCCACAUUCUGGGCUUCCUCAAUACGCCAAUCCGCCUGUAUCGCUACCUGAACCAACGACAUCUUGCCGAGAACAUUGGCCGCGAAGUUGCAGCCCUCGUUCUCGCCUCUGAUGCCCGACCCUAUAGUAAUUAUUCCAGCUCAUUGACCGACGACUCUCUUCCCGACUCUGUGGGUGGCAUUGCCGAGCAACAAACCAUCCUUGAGUUGGAAGAGAAGGAAUGGCACAAGUCUGUGCACAAGCCUGAUGAACAUAACCCCGAAAAAGAGCGUGAAUGGACAGAGAACAUGGUGCUUGAUCAGCGCAUUGCCUCACGCAUGCAGCGCGCUAUUCUCUCGCCUGAAGAUGAAUCGCGCGCCCAGCGUGUCGGUGCUCAGGAGGAAUACAUUCUCGGCCGGGAGCGACCCGCUCCCGUCCCAUUCUGGCAGCGCAUGUGGAUUAAGUACGGCUAUGGCGAGGACGAGGAGACUCUGCGGAGAAAGCCGAUCCUCCCAAACGUCGACGUCGAUGGUGAAGAUAAUAACUAA